AUGGCCCCAAUCGAUCCACCCUCAAUCCACACCGCCACAUCCCUCCCCCAACUCCACUCAGCCCUCGACGCCCUCUCCACCCUCGAUGCCUCAUUGACCGCCUCCCUCAAACUCCACCUCGCAAACCGUGCCGCCCUCGACACUGAACUUCGAGCACUCACCACGCAUCGCGCACGGUUGAUUGAUGCUGGGGAAGUUGUGGGGAGGUUGGGUGAGGUCGUGGGCAAGGCGGGGAGGGGCGCGGAGAGUGUUGGCGCUCGCGUCCGCAACCUUGAUCUCGAAGGCCAGAGGGUACGGGAGACUCGGGAAGUCGUGAUAGCAACCCAAGACCUUAAAGACUCAAUUCGGGACAUUACGACGGCACUGGAGGCCCCGGUGCCGGACUACACGAGGGUGAUUGAUGCGUUGGAGCAUGCGUUGGCACAUCCGGGGAGUGUGUUGGAGUCGCCGUUCGCGGCGGCGGUUGUGCCGAGUGAGGCUGCGCCGUUACUGCCUCAUGAGACAAUUGCCAAUGCGGGGGAGAAGUUGGUUGGGGUUGUUGAGAGUGAGUUUUGGGCUGCGGUAAAGAGUGGAGAUUCUGGUGCUGCUGAGACAUGGAUCCGCACAUUCUCCAGAAUCGGAAAACCCAAUAUCGGCGUCUCUGUCUACCAAAAAUUCGUCGUCGACCUAACCGUACAAAAACUUAAGUCCAUCACCAUCUCCACCCCCGACCCAUCGACCUACCCCACAACAUUCGGUACCCUCCUCUCCAUCCUCGCCAAACUCCUCACAACCCAUACGCCCAUCAUCGCAUCCACCUUCGACAUCCACUCCGCAUUGGAGAUAGCACGAAAGUUACAGAAUGAGGGGGAUAGGCGUGGUGCGUUGAUCCUGAACUCGCAUUGGGAGGAGAGAGGGGUCGAACGCGCGAUCGGGCGGACGCGGGGGUGGGGGUGGGAGAAGCUCACCGAGGCAUUUACGGGGGGAGAAAAGAAGAUGAGGGGGGUUGCGCAGAAUGCGCUGAAGGGGAGUUUGAGCGCGGCGGUUAGUAGGGUGGCGAGUCCGGCGCCGGGAACGGGCGGGCGACGGAGUUUGGACGCGCGAGAUAGGGAAGGGGGAAGUGUUGAGGACGUCUUGGGUGCGGAGGAUGUUAGGGAGUUGGAUUUAUUGAGUGUGGAACUGGGUACGUUUUUGGCGCGAUGGAAUGCCUAUACGGGAUAUGUGGAGCAGAAAGUCGAGAUCGAUGGCAUCAACACUGUAUUGGCCGAGAGUGCGUUGGAGAAAAAAGUCGCGGAGAGGGUCUUGGGGGUUUACGUCGAACUCACAACGCACCUAUUGAGAAGGAAUUUGGAAAAAGCGUUCGUGAUGGAGGAGAAACUGGAGCAGAUCACAUCUGUGGUCGACGACCUAUUCUACAUCACCAAAUCCCUCCUCUCCCGAACGUUGGCGACGGGUGACGUCUGCGCCAUCCGAGGCGUCGUCUCCGGCCUCCGUCGGAUUCUGGAAAGUGAUUUCCUAGGUGUCGCUCGUCGUCGAGUGUCGAGUGGCGUAGUCACGGAAAGAUGUGCCUGGGUCAAUAACCUCUACACCGCACGCAUCUAUCUCGCCCGAGUCAUCGACGAACUCACUGGACGCGCAUUGUCGCCAGAGGAUGUGAAGGAGGUGUUGGAGGAGUUGAGAGGGGGUGUUGAGGGGAGAAUUGAGGGGGUUUGUGGGGAGGGGGUAAGGGGCUUGUUUGAGGGGGUUGUUAAGAGGGGGAUGAGGGGGGUUGUUGAGGAUGCGUUCGCGGGGACGGAUUACACGAGUCCGUCGACAGCGCCCUCGACCGUCGCGACCAAGUUUUCGAAAGCCUACAAUAACCUCCUGGCGCCGCUAUCCAAAGACUUACUACCAGCCCUCCUCACCACCCUCCUCCUAACCCACGCCCUCCCCCACCUCUCCUCCCUCCUCACACAGCACAUCCUAACCAUCCCCAUCCGCGGCGAAAUCAAUUUCAUCAACCUCGAACGCGAUGUCAGUGCCAUUGUCGCUAUCGCGACUGAGCGCGUGGGGUGGGAGGGGAGGGAGGUGUUGAGGGGGGUGUUGGAGGUUGUGGAGGGGGUUGGGGAGGGGAUUGAGGAGGGGAGUGGGUGAGGAGAGGGUUCGAAGGGUUCUGCAGAGACAAUCGAUAGAGCCGUGAGAAGAAGGAUCAGAUUUGGAAUGCUUGAACAACGUAAACGUUACGGCUAGUUCUUUCAGAAUCCCUGAAGGCUUUCCAGAUACCACCAGCACUUCGCGAUCGCGUGGAAGCAAAAGAAUUCCUAAACAGCAAGUUUCCAAUAGCUGAGCUCGAGUGAUGAUCAUACAGCUACUUGCGUCCUCAAGUU